AUGUAUCUCCUCUACUCCACAGAAUGCGUUGAUGGUAUGUACGGUGAUGACUGCAUGUCACGAUGCGGUCAGUGUAAAGACGGCCUAACCUGUGAUAAGUCCAAUGGCGAAUGUCGCGAAGGAUGUCAGGGUAACUUCAUGAAGCCCCUGUGUCAAGGUUGCACAGAGUGCCCGGCAACAUCAGUAUACUCAAACCAGGUAGUGCCAGUUGUAGCAACACUUGGUACACUUCUCGUCAUAGCUGUCAUCGCUCUGCUGACAUCCAUCAUUUACAUCAGAAGACUGAAGAUUCAACUGGAUGCGUCACAAAAGAAACCCGAAGAUAACUAUUUGUCUUUAGACGAGAGGACCAAGGAUCCAGUGGUGGAGAACACAUAUGAGUACAUUGACAAUACCACUGAAUAGUUGCAUAAAGCGUCCUUUCGUGAUGUAUGUGGAUAUAG